AUGUCAGAGAAAACAAUUAUGUCUAUGAAUGAUAGGGCAGUUAAAAUUGAACCACCAGAAGACAUAAAACUCGAAAUAGAAGAUGAUUUUGAUAAUCCCGACGGUAUUGUUAAAUCUGAAUCGUGUUCUGAAGAUAAUGACAUGUGUUUAGAAAGAUUUAUGAAUUCCGAAGUGACAAUUGAAGAAGAAGUCAAACAGGAGUUAGUCGAGACAUCAACUUAUGAGUGUGACGUAUGCAAUAGAUCAUUUGCAGAAUCAGAUCAUUUAAAAGAGCAUAUGACCGAUCAUAUUCCUAAUAAUAGCAAAGAAAGUCCUUUCAAAUGCGAAAUCUGUUCCAAGACUUUUGGUCGAUUAAUGGUUCUGAAAAGGCACGUGCUCAUUCAUAAUGGAAUACGCCCCCAUGAAUGCAAUAUAUGCAAAAAGCCAUAUACGCGAUCAGAUAGUCUGAAAAGACACAUGCUGACACAUAGCGAAAUACGUCCCUAUGAAUGCAACAUAUGCAAUAAGACAUUCGCAGAUUUCAGUAAUCUGAAAAGUCACAAGCUGAGACACAGUGGAGCGCAACUAGGGUGUGAAUCCGUACAAAUCCCAGACAGCACAAGACAUGCCAGGGAAUGUCCCACUUGUCCUCACAAUCUCCUAAUAUCGCGAUAUCCUAUGAAUAUGCAACGGGACGUCUCAAAACCAAAGGACUCGAGCAGGUAUACGCGCACGGCUUGA